CACCAAUAAACCUCAGAGGAAGAAGUCUAGUUUCAUCACUCUCCGUUUUGUUUUAUUGUGGCGCUGUUUAAUACAAUCUAUUAGCUGUUUUAUUCUGCAAGUAGACAAUACAGUUUUUGAAACUCUUUAAUUAAUAUUCUCAUCCUCACAGUCGUGACUACGUUUUUAAUCAAGCAGGAAUAUCUGGAGGAGUAUCAUCUGAACUGAGAUCUGCUUCUGUGAAGAUGAUGUUUGUUAAAGAGGAGAGUGAAGAGAACACGAGUGAACCAGAAACCUGGAGAAUAAAACACGAGGAACCAGAAACCUGGAGAAUAAAACACGAGGAACCAGAAACCAUAAGAAUAAAACUCGAGGAACCAGAAACCUACAGAAUAAAACACGAUGAGCCAGAAACACUGAGAAUAAAACACGAUGAGCCAGAAACCUGGAGAAUAAAACACGAGGAGCCAGAAACCUGGAGAAUAAAACACGAGGAACCAGAAACCUGGAGAAUAAAACACGAGGAACCAGAAACUAUAAGAAUAAAACAGGAGGAACAAGGAGUGUUUAUUGAAGAAAGUGAGGCAAAUGAAGAAUUGAGUGAAGAUGAGGAGAAUCAUCAUGUCAGAACUGAAGAAAAACCUUUGAGUUGCUCUCAAACCAAACAAAAAGUUUUACAGAAUAGAGCCAAGAAAUCUUUCACUUGUCCUCAAUGUGGAAAGAGUUUUAUAAGAAAAAAUAGUCUUGUGCUUCACAUGAGAGUUCACACUGGAGAGAAACCGUUCACGUGUGAUCAGUGCGGGAAGAGUUUCACACAAUCAUCAAGCCUUAAGUAUCACAUGAACAACCACACUGGAGAGAAACCACACAACUGUUCACACUGUGACAAGAGAUUCAGUCGGUCAGGAGACCUAAAAACACAUGAGAGGAUCCACACUGGAGAGAAACCGUACACAUGUGAUCAGUGUGGGAAGAGUUUCACACGAUCAUUAAGCCUUAAGAAACACAUGAACAUCCACAGUGGAGAGAAACCUUAUAAGUGUUCACACUGUGACAAGAGAUUCAGUCAGUCAGGAUACCUGAAAGCACACGAGAGGACCCACACUGAAGAGAAACCGUACACAUGUGAUCAAUGCGGGAAGAAUUUUGUACGGAAAGGAAUCCUUAUGACACAUAUGAAAUUUCAUUCAGAAGAGAAACUGUACACAUGUAAUCAAUGUGGAAAGUGUUUGACAAGCGAAAGAAAUCUUGAGCGUCACAUUAUUGUUCAUACUGGAGAGAAACUGUACACUUGUGAUCAAUGUGGGAAGAGUUUCACACAAUCAUCACGCCUUAAGAGACACAUGAAUAUCCACACUGGAGAGAAACUGUACUCAUGUGAUCAGUGCGGCAAAAAAUUUUUGAGGGCUUCAGAUCUGAAGAAGCACCUGAGUGUUCAUACAAAGGAGAAGCCACAUUCAUGUUAUUGUUGUGGAAAGAACUUUUCACGUAUUUCAACUUUGAAAGUACAUCAGAAAACACACACUGGUGUGAGAGAGUUCAUGUGCUUUGUGUGUGAAAAGACUUUCAUUUCAGCAAACUGUUUAAAAUUGCACCAGAGGAUUCACACUGGAGAGAAACCUUAUAAGUGUUCACAUUGUGACAAGAGAUUCAGUGUGUCAUCAAGUCUGAAAACACACGAGAGGGUCCACACUGGAGAGAAACCGUAUCACUGCACUACAUGUGGGAAAUGUUUCAAACAUUCAUCUGCUCUACACAGUCAUACAAAAACCUAUCACAGUAAGCCCCUUACACACAGAGAUACAUUUAGCUGUAUUCAUCCAGAUGGAUCCAGCGUUUUGGGAGCCUGAAACCACUUUUUUUUUUUUUUACCAGGGUGGAUAAAUCUAAAAACAACAUCCUUGCUUUUUCGUGUGUACAGUCAGUCUGUUUUGUGAAACAAUGUUAUCAUCACUUCACAUCUUUACCCAUGUCAGACGCAGCUAUGUCAUGGAAUAAUGAAAACUAUAACAAUGCAGACUACAUGCUUGUGUUCGUGCUGCAGAAAACUAUUAGCUUUACUAACUUAAUUAGAUUUUCUUGUUGUGUUGGGUUUGUAUACAGCGUGCAAGGUUUAUGCACAUGCUCCACAUCUUCUAUUAUUUUAGUGCAUCUCUGUGGCAGGAUUAUACUUGUAUACUGUAUUCUUAUGAGUUUCAUUUAAUAUAUGUUCAUUUGUCUUGAAAUGCAUAUUAUGUGUCACUUGUAGUUUGCUUAAAUUUCCUUGAAGGGAAGUAGAAGCUUUUUACCCACUCUUCUUCCGCUUGAUAUGUGUUUAGGAAACGGAGAUGCAAAAUAUACUGUCAUGUAGCAUUCUAAUUGAUCCAUAUUUGCUUCUUUUGGAUGAAUAUUUGUACCCUGGUAUUAAACAAGCCCUAAUAAAUUACAAAAGACUGUAUCGAUCAGCUCUAAUGUUAACUUUUCUGCUUUUGGUGCUGGUGACCCUUCAACUGUUGAGUUUAAAAUAUUCUAGCGGUCCCCCCAGAUCGCUUUUUAGUUUUUCCUUUUAAUUAAAAAAAUUAAUAAACUUGCUCACCAUAACAUCAACCAUCUGAUAUUCUGAUUCGCAGGUUUGUGUAAAUGAGUGUUUCUUUUGUCAUUUAAAAACCAUUCUAAAUGAUCUUGAUCUCAAUCUGUAACGUGAGAUGGGUGCUGCAAUGUUCGUUCAUGCUGCAGUUCAGAGAGUCUUGCCAGUUGGAUUUAACGCACGUACAUUCAUAAAUUUCUCCUGAAAUACAUGUAACUUUAAUAACUUUAUAGUCACUUAAGGUAUGUGUAUCUGAUAUUAAUAAAACACGUCGCAAAUUAUAUUUGAAUGUCUUGUCAUUGCUGCUUCCAGAAACAUCUAUAUUUUACAAACUCUAAAUUUAUUGUUUUACUAUAUUACUUAUGUGUAUUUGAAUGUCUGAAACCUAAAAUAAACAUUAUGUGAUUAAGAACACUGCAUAGUUGUCAUAUGACGAGUGCAGCGGCGACUCAACGUCAGCCAAAGCACGAAAAUGCUCGAA